AUGAUUGAUCCUGAUAAUUUGAAUUCUGGACAAAUACAACGGAAAUUACGAGCCAAAGAAUUUAUUUUGGUGAACAAUCCCAAGGCAACUCAUGAACUUUGGGUAAACGAUAUUUCUCUGGUGGGGCAAAUCAACGACAACGGAAAACAACAAAUAUUCGAUGGGUGGGCUGUUUGUAAACAUUGUUUGAUUGCAUAUCGAACUCAUUCAAAAAAAGAGGCUUCUCAAAAUCGAAAAAACUAUGGCUUAACUUCAUUACAUGCACAUGUCAAGGAGUGUCGCACUUCCUGCAGCAAAACUCCAUCUUUGACGUCAACAAGUGUGGAACCAAAAGAAUCAGUUCCUGUUCAAACACUCAUACCUCGAUUUGCAUAUAAUAAAAAUCAAUUAAAUGAAAAUUUACAAAAACAACUGAAAGAUGCAGAACUCAAAUUUGUAACGGCUGGAAGCCACUCGUUCAAUGCUCUUGAAAAUGAUGGUGUCCUCGAUCUGGUACAAACUGCCAUCGACAUUGGUGCCCAAAUGGGUAAGGUGAAGGCUCGUGAUAUUUUUUAUGGUCGAAAGACAAUACAUAAUGAAGCAAUGAUUAAAUUUAAUCAUUUUUCAAAUACAAUUCGAACAAUUCUGGAUGAACCAAUCAAAAGUCAUUGUGUUGCUGCCACAUGCGACAUGUGGACCGACGAUUAUAUGAAACGUUCUUACCUCGAUUUCUCGGUUUUCUGGGCCGCAGACGAAUACAAACUUUCUCAUUGCUUAUUACGAUGCAAGCACUUUACCGAAGACAGUAAAACAGGUGUAAAUAUUUGGCAAGAAAUUAAAUCAAUUUUUGAAUCUUUCAAUUUGUCAUUCGGUGACACACCCAUCGUCACCGAUCAAGGAAGUAACAUGGUUGCGGCUUUCAAUAUCACGCAGGAAGCUCGCAUUCCAUGCAUGGCUCAUCGAUGUAAUACUACUUUUGAAACUGCUUGGACCAGAGAAGAAACAAAAAAUCCAACAUUUGCUAUGUUCAACCUUGCGAUUCGUGAAUUACGUAAGUAUGCCAAUCAAACAAGUGGUAUUCAAGAAAAAUUACCAAAGACAUUGAAAGGUGGUUGUGGCACGCGCCCUUGGCGAUCAUAUUUUACUAUUCAUGAUUCAUUAAAUAGUUCUUUUGAAAAACUUAAUAUUAUACUACGUGAAAGGCAAGAACAAUACCGGUUAUUUAACAUCGAUCCAGUUUUAUUGAACGAGAUUGUCCUAUUGAUGACUCCAUUUUCAAUGAUUUUCGACAAGCUCGAAAUGGCCAAUCAACCCACUUUGCAAAACGUGGUACCCAGUUAUUACCGUAUGGUGAACGAUACUCGGGUUAAUACGAACGAUCACACAAUAAUCAAUGAAUUAAAAACUGAAAUUCGAUUUUGUCUUGAUGAGAAGUAUUUAUCGUCGAUUUUACAAAUUCAUUGGGUUGGUACGUAUUUAGAUCCAUCAUUAAAAUCUUUUUUUUUCGUUUCAGAUCGCUCGUAUCUGGCAACACAAAAGAAAGAAGUUCGAAAAGGUCUUCAUAUUCUGGCAUCUGAUAUUAUUCACCAUUCGGACAGUUUUCAAUCGUCACAGCAUUCAUCUGACAAUUUACCACCAU